CAAACAGCACAAAUGGCAUAUAGUAACACACAAUACAAGAGGAUUCAACAACCUCCUCAAAAAAGCACUAUAGCAAAUGACUUCAGCAAGCAUUGGAAGGUUCCAGGUUAUCAAAGCUUUGCAUUAGAAGAUAACAAAGGAGCGGGAAUUAUUAUCAUACUUAAAACAGAAAUCACACAACACAUAGGUAUUCAGCAACCACAAACAAUUUUUAAGUUGGACAUUUCAAAAAAUCUGGAAAAAAACAACAAAGACUUUCUCACUAUUACACUGGGAGACUUUAAUGGAUUAGCAAAUCCAAAAAAGAAUAUAUAUGGCAAAAUAAUAAUGGAGCUGCAACACGAAUUGACUACAUCUGGCUAUCAUCAAAUCCAAACUGGAGAUGAGCAAAUAAUACCACACAACACAUCUCUCAAAAUAAAUGCAUUCAAUACCAAAGUGACAAAGGCUAGACAAGGAAAUAGAAUGGCAAGAAGGUUUACACAACACCACCCAUAUGUCAGUAGAAAGACUCUGGAACAUCACAGCACCAACCCAAAAAAGAUCUCUAGCAAAAAAAUAACUUCCAACCAUACAAUCCCAACUGAAAUAUUGGCUUAA